GACGGAGUGUAGCCGUUGUUCAGUGCAAUUUGUUUAAUGAUAUUAAGAUCUUUGUUGUAAUUUUCUGUUGAGAGUGGCGUAUUAAGAAGUCUGUGUAUGCAGUCAUUUUGUGCGCAUAUGGGUGAUUUGAGCUGUUAUGAGUGUCCCGAAGGUGUGGUACAUGAGGACAGCUUCAAAGAAAUAUAUUCCAAGUUCUUCCCUCAUGGAAAUGCAAAUUUAUAUGCCCAUUACGUGUUCAAGGCCUUUGAUGUCAACUGUAACGGGGCAAUUAGUUUUAGGGAUUUGCUUAUCACGCUGUCGACGUUACUUCGGGGUAGCGUUUACGAGAGACUACGGUGGACCUUUAAACUGUAUGACAUUAAUGGCGACGGAUGCAUCAGCAGAGGCGAACUUUCCGAAAUCGUCAUAGCAAUACACGAACUCAUGGGCAGGCGAGCACACCAGGUGGAAGACGAUCGUAAAGCACGCGAACAGAUAGACAGAGUAUUCCGGAAAUUAGAUCUUAAUCAAGACGGGGUAAUAACCAUCGAAGAAUUUAUGGAAUCUUGCCUUAAAGAUGAAGUUAUAACGAGCUCCCUUCAAAUGUUCGACUGCGUUCUGUGAUAGAAGAUAGAUGUUAGAUGUGGUUCAAAGCGUAUUACAAUUAUAACGAUGUCAGUGGAAACAAAAUAAGGGACGAUUUGUAGAAAAAACUUUACGUUAAAGUGAAUGUUUAAAACGUUUAAAGAUAUAUAGAAAGUUUAGAUAUACUUUUGUAUAAAGAUCACGAUGUUUUUAAGUAUUUUGCCAGAGUAAUAAAUGAUACAUCUUCCAAAAUUUACAAAAUUGUGUGUUAAAAUGGAACUUUUUGUGAUUUUUUUACAUUGUGUCAAAUUUUGUUUACUAUAAUUGUAAGAAUAAAAACUAUUUAUAAUUUGUGUAUGUUUAAAAUAAAGUCCAGCUGAAAAAUUG